CUAAAAGUUGUCAAUUCAACUGCUUCAACCUGCUUUCAUCUGUUCAUAUACAGACUCACCAUCCUUCAACCACUCUAUUCUACACUUUAAAUGUUCUUGUAUAUAGGUCUAUAGCCUGUCGACAUCGUUUCCAUGUCGCUCUUUCUCGCGUCUCAUCACGGCUCACGGGGAAAUUACAGCAUGGACGCCACUGUCCCUGAGGCUCAGGCUUCAAUGACCUGCCCAAAUUGCCACGCUGGCUAUGAUGCUGCAGACCUUCAGCAAUACCGCGAUCAUGUUGAAUCAUGUGUCCGCCCAGGCUUGGCUGAAAGUGAUGAUGAAUCUGCUGCCAGCCAGCUGAGCAGCCCUCCAGUAUCUGUGAGCGGUGAAGACUCGCGUCUCCCACCGGCUUAUUCUCUCACUGAGGUGGAAAUUUAUCCUGAGCGUAGAGAGCUCGAUGAAGAUGAAGAGCCUCUCCCGGAGUUUCGCUUGGCUAAAAUUACUGACGUCGAAGUGUUCGGAGACAACUUGGCUGAUCCUGAAAAUCUCCCACUUGACGAGCACUAUCGCCGUAUUCUCAAUGCCCAGAAGGCACUGGUUGAGUAUCAAGAUGAGUGGCUCGAGCUUGAGAAAUGUGUCAAGGCGUAUCGUCUCCCUAAUAUGAUCUCCAUUGAAGAGGAGCUUGAAAGGGAGCGCGGUAGAGGAAGAGGUGUCCCCAAGGAGGUCGCAAAGCCUGCCCAGAAGGUCAUCAACCCAAGAGCUCUUCCAGUGCGAAAUGACGACCCGGAAAAAUGGUUCUACACCGAUGAUUUCCAGCUCAUGCAAGAUCGACUAGAAGCAUCAGUUUACGGAUACAUUGUGAAAGAAGGCACCAAAGACAUUGGCCGCCAGGAUCCAAUCAGCCAGAGGCCCAGACGACUUGGCCAGAACCAACGAGAUCUUCGGGCUCGCGCUCCUGCCCAAAAGGUUGUACCCGGCGAGGCAGCUGAAGAGUCUGGUGAGGAAAACGCGCCCUUGAACCUGGUCAAUGAAGCCCUUAUGAUCGAAGGAGGACGCGGAAAACGCGAGAAGAGACCUUCAACCCGUGUGGCUUCUGAAUCGCGAGCUUCUACCCCUCCACCCGCACCACGUGGCCGGCCCCCACGCAAGAAUGCAAAGACACGCCUACAAGAGAUAGAAGCUGACCCAACCGCCGGCGAGACAAUGGUCUCUACCGAAAAAUGGGUCGACAAUGUCGGCGAUGCCGAAUCAAGACGCGGCUCAUCGCCAGCGGUUUCCACUGGCCCUUCGACGGAUUGGAGCAGCGAUGAAGAGAUCCCAGAAAGGGAAUACGGCACGAAGAGACGAAGACUCGACACGUCUGAUUUCGAGUCAGCCAAAAAGGCGAAGAAAGCAAAGACCGUUCCGGUGGAUGUCUCGGUCAAUUCAAGCGCUGCCGAUGCAGAUGCUAUUGCAAAAGAAAAGUCAAUCAAGCGCAGCGAAGGUGCUAAGAUGGGUUGGGCCAAACGCAAGGCCGAGCUACAGCAGCAGCGCAAAUCUUCUACGAGAGCCACUAGCCAGGAUGACAACGAAGGUGACGAUGGUCAGCUAACAAAUACCAAAGUCGAUGGCGACAGGCCCAAGCCAUACCCAAGGAAGUAUGCCAAGAAGAGCAAGAAAGAACCCGUGUAUACGACGCUGCCUGAUGGCACUAUUAAGAAGGAGAAGUCAGCCGCUACCAUCAACAUGGAGAGGCGUUGGGCCAAGAAGAGAGAGGCAGAGGCUCUUGGAUUGGAGCCGCCAAAGAUCGGUCGGUACAAGAAAUCGGAAUUGGCGGCCAUGAAGGCUUCACAAGAUGGACAAGCGACGGGCAGCCCUGACGAUCGUUCGGAGCCGAAACUUGCUCCCAAGAAGCGCAAGGUGUCCGCCGAUGACCAGCCUGCUGGCGAUAUGCGAACAGACCAGGGUGAGAGUGCUCAGGCAUCGGAGAAUGCGGCUGCGAAGCGACGUAAGAAGGAUGCAGACGAAAACAUGGCAGCACAAGGCCCUCCUGCUGGAACUGAAGCAUAUGCUGCAAGCGAUUUUUACGGGGCCAAGCCGAGCUCCGGUCGCAAGGUAAAGAAAGCACCUGCUGAUGCAAGCAUGCAUACCCAAGGAGCAGUCCACACUUUCCAUAACAAUCAAUACGAAGGACUCGGUCACGUCCACCACUGGUCACCACCAUCUCAACAAGCACAGAAACCCACAGCCAGGCACGUCGCCGGCAAAGGCAAAAAAGUUGAACUUGACGAAACUCCAUCCUCCACAUACCACAUGGAUCACAGAAUGCACACACCGCAUGAAUCCAUGAACCGAAAUAUUUUGCCUCAGGGUGCACCAUUUAUCGCAUAUGAAACACCUGAUGCGUCUCCUCAGCGCUCUUCAACGCUUAAAAACAAAAGAGGCGGCCGCGCCAACGUCGAGGUUGAAUACUCAGCUGCCAGCACUCACCACGGGGAAACUCCAACCCACACUGCACCUACGGAUCCAGAUGCCAUUGCUGCAGCGAAAGCUAAAGAAGCUGCGCGCGCCGCAAAGUCUGAGAAGAUGAAGGCAAUCACAAAAGCUCGCUGGGCAAGCGGCGAAAUGGAAGCCGUAAUGGCACGCAAGAAGGCCAACAACGCUGCUAAGCGCGCCGCUGAAGCAGCCCUCCCCUCAUCUUCCGGUUCGAAACCCAAGAAAAAUGCGGACACACCACCUGCCAAAGCGCCCAAAGAUAGCAAACGCCGUCAGACGCAUGGUGGGGCCGUUGAGAAACCGCGACCACCACCACUCGGAAAGCCGCCAUACACCACCGGACGCAAGGUGUCAGAGUAUGAGCAAUUCCUAGCGCUAACGUCGCCAUCCGCGACCGGGUCACCACUGCCUCCACGGGGUCGCCGACCAGCGGCUCUACGUGCGUCGCAGAGCCUUGCGUUGCGGGAUACGGACGAUGAGAGCCAGGCGGAGGACACAGAGCAGAGGGAGGACACAGGGCAGAGGUGGGAGGAAGAAGAACCGGAGAUGGACGCGCUCGAUCGGCAGUUUGCCAUGGAAUAUAAUGACAACCUAGGACCGGAGAUGGACGCCCUCAGUCGGAAGUUUAACUCGGAAUACGAGCGCUACCAGGCACUCGCCAGCCCGGAUAGUACUAUUGUACUUGGGAAGAGAGCAAGGCGGCCGGUUGGAGGGCUGAAGGAGGCGAUGGAAAUUGAAAAGGGAGGGGAAUCUUCCGACGUGUAGUAAUGGUGGGUAUAGGCAUUGGCGCGUAAUGUUGGACUAAAUCAAGGCGCUCAUUUUGGGGCAUUAUACUGUUUGAAUACUUUGGCUCCUCUAGUUAGAAUGGCACUGGGGCUGUAUAUACGCGUUUCCUCGAUUAAGCGCAAUCUCUUAGUUUCGGUCAAGAAAACUGAUCGUAAUAGAAACAUUUCUCAAUCA